AUGGGCGGCGACAACUCCGGUCAGCUCAUUGAGUACGUGCAUUCCUUCGACCCGCGCGGCUGGUCGUGCCUGCACAUUGCCGAGGGCACCUUCAAAUGCAGCAACAACACCGUGCAGAACAACGACAUCGGACCCUGCGGGAACGACGCGUUCCAGCAGUGGUCGGACGGCGUUAGCAUGAGCUGUAUGAAUAGUUUGGUGCGAAACAACAUGAUCAACAACCCCACGGACGGCGGCAUCGUGCUUUUUGGCUCACCGGGGACAUUGGUUGAGAACAACACGAUCUGGAUUGAGAACAAUACGCUCCUCGGUGGCAUCAACAUGGUGGACUACGAGCCGUGGAAGGGCAACUACACAAACACCGUUGUUCGGAACAACACCAUCCGGGGCGGAUUCGCGACGAGCAGCGAGCUGCCGGGCGAGAAAGACGGUACGAACACAAACGAUGUGAUCAUCAAGAUCGGCAUUGCCAUCGGGCCCCGCACCUGGUUCGGCGACGAGUACGGCAGCAACGUCAGCGACUCGGGCACGGUGCUGAACAACCUGCUCACGGGCGCGUUCGGGUACGCCAUGGCGAUGUCCUCCGCGCGCAACUUCACCGUCGAGGGCAACGCGCUCUUCGGCAACACGUCCUUCAUCGGCGCGCGCGGGCCCAACUGCACCGCGGACGACGCGGUGCCGGCCCCCGCCGCGUUCGUCGUCGACCAGAGCUCCGUCGCGCUCUCGACCGAGCAGAUCGACUUCCAGAACGUCUCGGACGGCGACAGCCUCACGUGCAUCCUCCCGCCCGACGGCGGCGACUACUGGCCGUUCGGCGGCAACCCGGCGAACCCGGGCACCGCGCAGUCGCAGCCCGCGACCGCGAGCCACGGCCUGUCGGGCGGCGCAAAGGGGGGCAUUGCUGUCGGCGUCAUCCUCGGCGUUGCGGCGGUGGUCGCGGCGACGUACUUCAUCCGCCGGUGGGCGUUGCGGCGCGCUGCGACGGGCGGGCGGGCGACGUACUAA